AUGUCAGAAAAUAGUUUAAAUACUGCCUACCUACUGGGUGCUUUUAAUAAUAAUUUGACUCGAUGUAAACUCCCAAAUAACAGUGAAGUUUUAAAUUAUUUUAUGUUUAAAUAUAAGGUUUUAAAAAAAAGUAUUCGGUCAAGUGCUACGGAAGUUAUAAAAGAAGUUCAAGAUAUUUGGAGUAUUAUAGAUGUACCACUUGAAAGAAGUCAACAUGUAACCAAAAAAUUGGAGUCACUUUUUAUAGAGUGGAGAAAUUUGAAUAAAAGUCGAUUUAAAAAACACUGUGCUUUUCACAUAUCAAAAAUAAAGGAAUUUACUGAUAAAUUGAAUAAAUUAUUCGAUGUUCGAUUAAAGAAAAAAUCAUCUCAAGAGUUAUCUCCUGAACAACUUUUUUCAUUAGUGCGAAAAAAUAAAGGUCAACAUAUAUCUUUAUCAAUUAACGUAGAAGAUAACGAACCCCCUUUAGAGUCAAUAGAAAAUGUCGUUGAUAAAAAUGCCUUAAGUCGAGCUUUAUCUAGUACAUCUAUUUCUUUUGAAGAAGUGAGCUCUUGUUCUGGAGCACUAAAACGGACAAUAUCCAAUUUUGAGGACGAACUUUCUGAAUACUCAAAUGACAAGAAAAAAAUCAAUAUUAUGACCCCAGAAUUGACAUCAGCUUUGGACAGAUCAAAUAUCUCCAGCAGAAAUGCUACUUAUAAUUUAGUUGCUGCCGCUAAAAGUUUGGGUCAUGAUCCUACAAAAAUUAAUAUUAGCCAUAGAGUGAUUCAUAGAGAACGUAUUAAAAUGAGAAAAAUGGUGGCAGCAGAUAUUAAAGAAAAUAGUUUAAUUGUUGACAACGUAAUAUUACACUGGGAUGGUAAAUUACUCCCAGAUUGUGGUGGACCGCAUAAAGUUGACAGGCUUCCAAUUGUUUUAUCUGGUCUCAAUUAUGAGCAACUACUAGGGGUCCCUAAAUUAGAUAGUGGUACAGGAUUUAACCAAGCUAAAACUAUAGUCAAAGCAUUGAAUCGAUGGAACAUUGUUAAAAAUGUCAAAGGCUUGUGCUUUGACACUGCUUAUGUUAAUUCAGGUGAUGAGAAUGGAGCUGCUGUACAAAUUGAGAGAGCCUUGAAAACAAAAAUACUUUGGUUUCCCUGUCGGCAUCACAUUUAUGAGUUGGUUAUGAAAAGUGUUGCUGAAGUUGUCUGGCAUGUUUCUUCUGGUCCAAGUCCUGCAGUUUUUAACAGGUUCAAGCAAGAAUGGACCACGAUUGAUCAGACAAAAUAUGAAACGGGAAUGGAUGACCAAUAUGUAAAGAAAAUUCUCAACCAUAAAAAACAAGACAUUUUGGAAUUUAUUUCACUUCAAAUGGAGGAGUUUCAACCAAGAGGAGAUUAUAAAGAACUUCUAAAUUUAACCUGUAUUUUCUUGGGAGAAAUUCUGCCUCAAGGUAUUUCUUUUAAAACCCCCGGAGCACACCAUCAUGCUCGAUGGUUAGCGAAGGCAAUUUACUGUUUAAAAAUCUUUUUAUUUAAAAAACAAUUCAAACUGGCUAAAGUUGAAUCAUCCAAAUUAACUCAAGUUUGUAUCUUUAUUGUGGACAUAUAUAUAAAGGGAUGGUAUAGUGCACCAAGCAGUGUUCAAGCCCCGUAUCAAGAUUUUAUGUUUUUGAAGAGCUUGUUGGAUUUAAAACACAUAAACGCUGAAAUGUCCAAUGCUGCGUGUACCAAAUUUCUCAGACAUCUUUGGUACUUGUCUGAAGAUCUUGCAGCCUUAUCAUUUUUCGAUGAAAGAAUCCCAACCGAUGUUAAAUCAAAAAUGGUAAAAGCAAUAAAAUGUCAGCAAAGUACUACUGAUAACACAAGAAAGUUUUAUAUGGAACAAAAAGAUUUAAAAUCAUUUUUCAAUAAAGAUAUGAGUAACUUUAUAACUCAAAAGUCGAUGAUUUUAUUUGAAAAGUUCAAUCUACCUUCUAGUUUUCUUGAUUUGCCUGUAAAUCAAUGGGAAGCUGAUAAAACAUACCAGGAUUCUUUGAAAAUAAUUCGAGCAAUUAAGGUUACAAAUGACAUUGCUGAAAGAGGUGUUGCACUUAUCAAUAAAUAUAAUGAAGGUCUUACUUACGAUGAAGAACAAAGACAAUUUUUAUUACAAGUUGUAGCUGAUCAUCGGAAAAAAUAUCCAGAUUGUAGUAAAAAAAAUUUAUGUUUUUAA